ACUUCCUUCAUUUUGAUAUAAUUUCAGGGAGGUACAAAGACACUUCCCGCCGCAGCCUGGAGCUAACGCUCAAGCUCCUCAGUCCCGCUACAGAACUCUCCACGACCGGCCGAGUGCCUUCCCGUGCACCCCUAUCUCCCUCGGGGACCACAGGCCCCCGGCCGCUCUCCCUCCCUGGGCCGGCACCCGCCCCCGUCGGAGCCGGAAGAGCCCUUUUCCCGCCGUGCCUGCCCUGCGGUGCCCGCCGUCCCUCCGGCCGCGCUCCGGCGGUGCGCGCUCCUCAGCCAGGAGGCGCCAGGCGCGGCCUGCGCCGCCCCUCUCCCGCCGGGGGCCGGGCCGGGCUGACGGCGCGAGGCGGCCGCCAUCAGGCACCGCCCCUAACGGCCGCGACUCUCGGCGCCAAAAUUUGAUCCUGGCGGGCACCGGGGAGCGGCGCCGGACGGGGUAUAUAGGAUUAUAAUCCGGAUACCUUUCUCAGUGCUUCUCAGAGGAAUAUUUUGCCUGGUCUCUUCGGAACAUUGAAAAGAUGUACAUUAAGUCAAUUGUUCUCGAAGGUUUUAAAUCCUAUGCUCAGAGGACAGAAAUUAAUUGCUUUGACCCAUUAUUCAAUGCCAUUACUGGCUUGAAUGGUAGCGGCAAAUCCAAUAUCUUGGACUCCAUCUGUUUCGUGCUGGGAAUCAACAAUCUGUCACAGGUGCGAGCUGCAAACUUGCAAGAUCUAGUUUAUAAGAGUGGGCAAGCUGGAAUUACAAAGGCAACUGUGUCUAUUAACUUUGAUAAUACAAACAAAAGUCAGAGUCCACUGGGAUUUGAAGCUAAUGAUGAGAUCACUGUGACUAGGCAGGUUGUUGUUGGAGGUAGAAGUAAGUAUCUUAUCAAUGGUGUGAAUGCUGCCAACAGUCGUGUGCAGGAUCUCUUCUGUUCUGUUGGACUCAAUGUCAAUAAUCCUCACUUCCUCAUUAUGCAGGGACAAAUUACCAAAGUUCUAAAUAUGAAGCCACCAGAGAUUUUAGCUAUGAUUGAAGAAGCAGCUGGAACUAGGAUGUAUGAGUGCAAGAAAAUAGCUGUCCAGAAAACCAUAGAGAAGAAGGAAUCCAAACUGAAAAGCAUUCAAAUGGUCUUAAAUGAGGAGAUCAGUCCAACUUUACAGAAACUGAAAGAGGAACGAGCAUCCUAUCUAGAAUACCAAAAAUUAGUACGAGAAAUAGAACAUUUAAGCCAUUUCUGUGUAGCUUAUCAGUUUGUUCUGGCUGAAGAAACGAAGGUAUCCUCCUCUGAUGCAUUAAAGGAAAUGCAGUCUAAUAUAGAGAAGUUUCAGGAAUCAAGGGCUGUAAUUGAACAGAAGGUAAAACAACUUAAUGAAGACAUAGCGGAGAUGGAAAAGGAAAAGGAUAAGGAAGCUGGUUGUAAACUCCAUGAACUAGAAGCUGCUCUUUCAGCACAUCAAAGAGUUAAUACGAAAGUACGAAGUGCUCUUGAUCUCCAGAAGCAAAACUUAAAAGGUGAAGAGGUUAAGUAUAAAGAAUUGGUAACGCGUAUGCAGAAGGAUUCUAAAGCAUUAGUGUCAAAGGAGAAAGAAGUAAAGAAUCUAGAGAAAGAACUAAAUGCUCUACUGGAAGAAAGUGAAAAAGAUGCCCAUGCUUUAGCUGCAGCACAACAACAUUUUAAUGCUGUAUCUGCUGGCUUGUCCAGCAGUAAGGGUGGUGAAGAGGCUACUCUUUCAGGACAGAUGAUGAUCUGCAAAAAUGAAAUUAGCCAUGCACUAACAGAGGCUAAACAGGCUCAAAUGAAAUUGACUUUUGCACAAAAAGAAUUAAAGGCAAAAGAAGCUGAAGUUAAAAAGAUGGAUGAAGGCUACAAGAAAGAACGAAAUGCAUUGGAAGCUGUCGAAAAAAUGAAAAUAACCCUAGAGAAGCAAAUAAAGGAGCUGAACUAUUCAGAAGAAAAAGGAGAAGCCCUCCUAGCAAAAAAGAAGGAAUUGAUUUCUGAUAUCUGUCGGCUAAGUGAACGGAGUGAAAAUUUAAUGGCAAACUUUCCUUAUCUACGGUUUACAUACAAACAUCCAGAAAAAAAUUGGAAUCCAAGCCAUGUGAAAGGCCCUGUUGUGUUUCUUUUCACUGUGAAAGAUCUAUCCAAUGCCAAAGCCCUGGAAGCGGUGGCUGGAGGGAAACUGUCUAACAUUGUUGUGGACACAGAAGUUACUGGCAAAAAGCUUUUAGAGAGGGGUGAACUAAAGCAUCGAUACACCAUCAUUCCCUUAAACAAAAUUUCAUCCAGGUGUGUUCAAGAAGACAUAAUCAAGUUGGCCCAAAGCUUGGCUGGGCAUGAUAACUUGCAUUUAGCCCUUUGUCUAAUUGGAUACGAAUAUGAACUACAGAGAGCAAUGGAAUAUGUCUUUGGAACAACACUGGUCUGUAAUAACAUGGAUAACGCUAAGAAAGUGACUUUUGACAGAAGGAUUUUGACGAGAAGUGUUACUCUUGAUGGAGAUGUGUUUGAUCCCCAAGGAACUCUGCAUGGAGGUGCCUCCUCACAGGCUGUACCAAUAUUGUCUAAACUUCAAGAAGUGAAAGAUAUUGAAACAGAACUCAAGAAGAAGAAAUCUGAACUUGCAGCUGUAGAGAAUGAGUUGGCAAGCUUGAAGAAGGUUGCUGAAAGGUAUCAGCAACUGAAGCAGCAAUGGGAGAUGAAGUCUGAGGAAGCAGAGCUGCUGCACAAGAAGCUUUGUCAAAAUGCUUACCACAAACAAGAGGAAGAGCUGAUUGCCCUGAAGAAAACCAUUGCAUCUUGCGAAGAGACAUUAACCAAAACUGAAGAGAGCAAAAAGAAGGCAGAAAAAAAAUACAAGGAAUUAGAGAAUAAAAUUAAAAAUGCAGAAGCAGAGUGUCUAAAAGAGCGAAAAAAUGCGGAGCAGAAUCUAAAUAAUGCCAAGAAAAAGGCAGACACUUCAAGCAAAAAAAUAAAAGACAUGCAGCAGGAAGUCAAAGCUUUAGUUCUGGAAAUUGAAGAGCUGAAACAAGAGCAGGCCUCCUGUAAACAACAGAUAACAGCUUCAGAGGAAGCAAUCAAAUCCUACCAGAAUCAAGCUGAUGCUCUGGUGGCUGAAGUGGCUAAAACAGAGGAAUCUAUAGAGAGAGCACAGAAGGAGCUUGCCAAGCAGAAGGAAGUCAUUGCAUUACAUGAUAAUGCAAUUAAAGACAAAUCUGCAGAGCUGGUAAAAUACAGAGAAGAAAAUAAUGAAUUACAGCUUAAGAUUAAAGAAUUAGAACACAGCAUCACCAAAUGUCAACAAGAAGCUGCUGAUGCUGCUGCCAAGGUGGCCAAAAUGCUGAAAGAAUACAAGUGGAUAGCUUCAGACAAGCCACUCUUUGGCCAGCCAAACACAGCCUAUGAUUUCAAAAGUAGCAACCCUAAAGAAGCAACUCAGAGGCUGCAGAAACUGCAGGAGCAUAAAGAGAAGUUAGGAAGGAAUGUGAACACGAGAGCUAUGAACAUGCUUUCUGAUGCAGAGGAAAGGUACAACGACUUAAUGAAGAAAAAAAGAAUUGUAGAGAAUGACAAGAUAAAAAUUCUUGCAGUUAUUGAAGAGCUUGACCGGAAGAAAAAACAAGCUUUAGAUAUUGCUUGGAAAAAGGUGAAUGAAGACUUUGGUUCCAUUUUCUCAACACUCCUACCUGGGGCCAGAGCUAUGCUAUCAGCCUCUAAAACUGGCAAUGUCUUUGUUGGUAUGGAGUUCAGAGUUGCCUUAGGAAACACCUGGAAGGAAAACUUAACAGAACUUAGUGGAGGACAAAGAUCGUUGGUGGCCUUAUCCUUGAUAUUAGCCAUGCUCCUCUUCAGGCCUGCCCCAGUAUACAUCUUGGAUGAAGUGGAUGCAGCCCUUGAUCUCUCUCAUACCCAGAAUAUUGGGCAGAUGCUUCAAACUCACUUCAGACACUCCCAGUUUAUUGUGGUGUCCUUGAAGGAUGGAAUGUUCAACAAUGCAAAUGUCCUCUACAAGACCAGGUUUGUGGAUGGUGUAUCCACUAUUGCAAGAUACAGUCAGACUCCAAAGAAAAAACAAGUUUGCCUGAAAAAAACCUGCAAAAAAUAAAAUAUUGAAUGUGAAUGGUGAGCUGGGAAGAAUUUGUCUUCUACACACAGUAGAAAAUUAAAUUUUUUCUGUUGCUUCUUAAUGUUUAUUUUUAAAAUGUGUUAGUUCAUAUCUGCAUCUUAUUAAGAACUGAAAUUCAUAGGAAAUAGUCUGUAACAGCCUGUUUUGUUAAGUAAAUUUUAUUAAGUAAUUUUUAUGCUAUGCUGUAAUUCCUGUCACUCCUCUGUAAAAUUUACACAUAAAUGUAUAGUAGUAGCUUUGUAAACUUAAAGCCUUUAGAUGAGGAAAAGCUGAUUCAGCUACCAGUGUUCUAUUCAGAAGACCAAUUGCAAAGUGUAGUAACAGUGUUCCUCACCUGACGCUGUUGAGUCAGGGACAGAUGAAAAAACUCCAUGGUUCAGAAGGCAAUAAAGAGAGAUCCUUUAUCAAGAGGUAGCGUCCUUUUAUAACCAGGAUCACUUAGGUGAAAUCUGAUUGGUCUCAAAGUAAAAACCUUUCACACUUUGGUGAACUAUGAAUAGCACACUCUGAAGGUACAUAUCUAUAAAAAAACAUCAACAGAAAGAGACAUAAUUGUUUUCAUUCUUCCUCUCUAAGUUUCCCAUGCUCCUCUCUAAGUUUCCCAUGCCUGAAGCCUGGGAGAAUUUUCUUUGACUGAACAGAGAAUCUCCACACUCACCUGUUGUCAAAUUCCACAGAAAAGUGUCAUUGGUAUGUAAUUUUUUUUAAAGGAGCAAAGCGAUCCUCAUCAACUAACUCCCAAGCUCUUUUUACAAUUUUAACCUGUUGUUACUCAGUAUAAACUAUGAUACAUAUAACAAAACCUAGUUGUGUGUGUGCUUUCAUUCCUCAAAUUUUUUCACUGGACAAUGCCUGCUCAGAAUUGACAGUUUCUCAGUUUUUAACUUACCUGAAUGUAUCCUGCUGCUUUCAUUGGCCAGAAAUGACAUGUCCAAACCAGCUUUAUCACAGCACUGCAGAGUAGGUCUCCGCUACCACAGCACGGGACCCAUGCACAGUCUGUGUAUGGUCUGACAGCAUUUCCCUUGCCAGAUCAUGCUUCAGCCACUUGGUGACCAGCAUAGGUGAGGUUUGUGUUUGCAUGCUAUCCUCUGCUUACCUCAUUUGUGUCCCUGCCUUCUUUUUCUUCCUUUCUGAAUACUGUUUAGAAAAGUACAUAUAAUUGAGGAUGCAGUGGGGAGCAAACGUGUGCAUGUCUGGAAUAAUUUGGAAGUACUGAAGUUCUUGAAUAUUAUUUUAGUAAGUUUUCUGUCUCAUGGCCUCAUCUACCAUGUAUAUGUAAUAACUGCAAAGAAUGUGUCUGUAACACAGACAUGCCCUAACCCUGCCUGGUUUCAGGAGACCAAGCUAUGGGUUCAAAACCAUGCACUUCCUUCCAGGGCUGCAGAGCCACCGUGUGUCUCCACGAGGGGAGGGCAGCGAGCCAGCAGGGAGCACAACAGCAGCACAUACUGAAUCUGGAGCACAGGAACACUAUGAAAUACCUACCGCCGGAGAAAAAAAAACACUACUAGUUACUCCAAGGAACAGGUCAUGCAGCUUUUAUUUAGUUUUUACCUUUUUGGUAAGCAGGAGGGUUUUCUUUCAGUCAGACCAUUCACAUAUUUGGACAGUACAGAUUGCAGUAAAUUUGAUGGAGAUCUUGCAACAUUAGAAAACUUUCCUCAAUAUACAUCCAUUUAAGCAACAGCUUGUAAGUCAGAGCAGGAGUGCUAGAGUUGAGUCUGCACACUGCACUCCAGGAAUACAAAGCAUUGCAGCAGCACAAGAAAUGCCCGUGCUGGGCAAAGUACAGUGUGUUUUACAUAGUGCAAUCACUUUUAGAGGAGAAACUCUAGGAAGGCCACAUCUAUUUAUUUUUUUUUAAUUCUCUUAAGUUUACAAAUGCGAGGGGAGUAGAAAUCAAGCCUCUGACUUAAUUAACUUUUGUACAGGUAGGUUUUGUGUAUAGGCACAUGCUUUAGAGAGGAGCUCUGAAUCUGCUCUGUAAUCACGAGAAAGACAUAUUGCUUUGUGAUUCAGAAAGUGUCAUACCGUCUCUAACCUUCCUAACACUCUUGGCCAGAGAUGUUAAUCCAGCUGUUUUAUAGAGUUCCUAGAAUACGCUCUUCCCUCUAGUGUAAAUCCCCAAUAGAGAAAUUCAGGUUGCUAUUGACAAUGAUUACAGUUAUUCUACGUACAGUCAUUUGACCACACUAGGCAUUGCCUCUGAAUACUCCAGUCCACAGUGAAAGCUCAAAUUACCAGAGACAUGGAGGCUCUUGCUUUUCUGUUACUGUCACUCACCAAUAUGAAAAAACCCAAGUCAGACAAUGAACUGCUACAGCAAAGCAUCACUGGUAAUAAUCACCUAGUACAAAAAAUAAAAGAGCACUCAUGACACUACAUGUCACAGUAAGCAAGUUUUUUUUUUAAAGAUACUGCAAAAUGAUCUGCCCAGUAAAAUUUUAAAAUGUACACUGUGCUCAAUAGUUCAAACUACACAUAAACAAAGAGCAGCUCCCUGCAACAAGGUGUAAAUCAAAACAUCAUAGCACCAGCUCCCAGCACCAAGGAGUUGCCCACUGACCAGUUCUAAUGUACAAUGCAAUAGUGCUCGCUGAGGUUUCUGCUACACAAGAGCCACAGUGGGACAGCUCUGCCCAUUUCUUCCUGAUGUUCUCUUACCAGGUGUGCACAAAUUGUAUUCUUCCCUAUGGAGAGCAAGUCAGACAACAAGAUAGUUACAGUACCAGGAAAACACUGACUGGGGAAUGGCACCUGAGGGGAAGGUAGGUACCGCAUACCUGAAUCUGAAUAAAUGGCCAUGGAGGAAACAUUAUGUCAUCUGAGCAAUCCUCUCCUUAACAGAGCAGAUCUGAAAGGAGCUGCAGACUGCAAGAAAAGAAACAAGCCUUCCGGUGCUGAAAGCUAUGAACAUGAUAUUGCCCACACUAAUGAUUUUAUUUCACCAUCAGCAAAGCAUUUAUCCCCAAAAAGUUGUACACAUACUGGUCAGAUUAUGGAGCAGUGCUAUCUUCACACUAUUAAAGUUUGUUGUUAUAGUGGUCAGAUUUGUCUUUUGUCAGAGGAGGAGAAAAAAAAAGGAGACAGGCAGCAGGGCCACAUCACCAUAUAGCAAUUUUACUCCCAAGUUAAUGCAGAUAUAAUCUUAAGUGCAAAUUGCUAGAAACCAGCAUGACUUGGGCUCUGAUAAAUGACAGAUGAUUUAAUUUCUUACAAAUAUUGACAAGUCCAAAUUGUUAUGCGUUUCCAAAGCAAGAACAGGUUUACGAACAGGAAGGGAAUAAAACAUUACCACUACUAUUAAAAAAAUGUGUCAUUUCAAACUUCAAACGCUCUUCCAAAACAUAUCUAAAAAAGAUUGUUUUCCAUAUUUUUUUAUUUCCUGGAGCUAAGGAGUGUCCAUGCAAAACAAUUUUGAGAAGAGCAGUGUUCCACCUGGGUAUCAACUAGGCUCAACUUUGUCCCACAUAGCUCAGUAAAGUGCUCUCUUGUGCAUCCUUUUGGGGAAAAAGUUCUCAUUUAAAGUUUGGGAGGCCAAGGUUGCCAGCUGGGGAAGGCAUAGUCUUGGUCAAUCCAUGCUGCGGUCAGAGAAGGAGGAAGAAGUGAAGUUAACAGUACUCUGCCUUUCAUAAUGCACAGACAACAGGCUGCAAGGGAGGAGCAAGCAGAAGCAGAGGUGGGUGUCAGAUGAAACCCUGCCCCUGGGAAACCACAGGAGUCGAACACACGCCUCAUCAAGGGAAGAAUUUUGUUCUCUACAGAUAACAAACACCAGCACUACUGGGGUAGACACCAGUUAACAGAUCUCUACAUACAAAAAAUGUGAAAACUAAAUGUGGUUUUACUUUCUGUGCUGGUGGAUUUUCAACAGUUUUUCUGAAGGACAAAGGGGGUCUGAGUAACAUUCUUCUGCCU